CGGAUAAGACCCUCUUCGCUUCCUUUGUUCUAACGAGAGAAACCGCAUGUCAUGCUUUCACCGGCAUGGCUACUCCGCCCACACCAGCGCACGUUAGCACUCCCUGCAACGCCACCUUCACCCGCUCUCUCGGCCCGGCGCCAUGUCGGGUGAGUUGCGCGUCGCUCCCCCAAAACAAGCGCGGAAGCAGGCGAUCCUUCUCCAUCGCUCUCCUUCUCUUCCAAUUGUGCUACUCUAAUCCUAAAUAUGCUAAUGCGAGCAACAUUUUUGACAAGUACGUGAAGAGAAAAAAGCUUGAUCCGCUAGAGGCAUAUGUGCCCGCUGUUCUCUUGACUCAAUCACAGUUCAAGGACUUAGAGAAAACAUUGGGAGACGGUCAGCCACAAUAUGCUCUCAGCAGGUCUCUGUUACGUUCUGGUCCGGCGGCAUCUCUACGUGUUAAUAUUCGAGCAGUAGCACAGUAUGCAUCAGAUGACGGUAGAGGGAAAGCCGCUACCGAUGCCGUUGAUCGAUGCCUUGGAGCUUUGGAGGGUCUUGAUUCUUUGCUGCUGCGUGCGUCAAGGAAUGACCCAACAGCCACAGUCGAAUCUAUGAAGGCAAAGAUCAAUAUUGCCUUGGGUGCACUGGAUAGCCUCCUACAAACCGUCCCUUCUACCGUGCUAGAUAAAGGCAAGGAAAUUGCAGAUGCAUACAGGAUGCCAAUCAGCCCGGAAGAAGGUAAUCCCGAAGACUCGGACCCAGAUAUGAAGAAGUUAGAAGCACUUCUCUAAAUCCUUAAAAGGUUUCUCUUUUCAAUUUCUCUCUGUUGUUUUAUGGAUUGAAUUACUCUUUGUGAGAUGAUAAUAGGGAGAAUAAUUGUAUUUUAUUUUUACACUGUUGUAACUAUUGCAUGGGAACAUGAACAAUAUUAUAACUGUUUUAACUGUUAUUUAAUGUAUUACACAAACCAAUUUCAAGGUUUUGU